CCACAUUUUAGAGUGAACUUUUAACUUAGAAACAAAAGGCGCCGGCUAUAUAAGGGAGCGAUCUAAGGACUAAGACAUCGAACUUUACCAAGCAACAGUCUUAGAACAAUACUGAAAAUGGGUCAGAAAAUAUCAAGCAGCAGCGAGCGUUCGUCGAGGCAAUUCUCAUUCAUAGAGCCAAUCUUAGCACGUACAACCAGAACGAGCAGCAACGGCCGUUCAAAUAGAAGCAGUAACUCACCGCCGAAGAAUAGCAGAAGACACAGCGUUAAAGAUGGUCACCACAGACGUACACACCACCACCACCACCGCAACGGAAACCAUCUCUCGGCAUCCGGAAUGGAAUCUGAAUGCCCACACAGACUUGACGUCUUAUUGGACAUGCCAGCAGUCGGUGUAGAUGUACAACAACAGCACGGCUGGAACUCUGAAGACAAAAGCGUGAACGUUUUCGUAAAGGACAACGACCUAACUGUACACAGACAUCCUGUCGCACAAUCCACUGACGGUGUACGGGGCAAAGUGGGAUACAGCAGAGGCUUGCAUUGCUGGGAGGUAACCUGGAACACCCGCCAACGAGGCACACACGCUAUGGUUGGGGUAUGCACAUCAGAAGCCGCUCUAACAUGCAUGGGGUACCGUUCCCUCAUUGGACAAAAUAACGAGUCCUGGGGAUGGGACUUGGGACGCAAUAAGCUUUUCCAUGGCGGUAAAGUGCACCGCAAUGAAAAGAAGACCUACCCCUCGUACCUCGAAUCGGACGAGAAUUUCGUCGUUCCUGAAAAAGUUCUGGUUGUUUUAGAUAUGGAUGAAGGAACCUUAAGCUUUGUAGCUGACAAGCAAUACCUUGGCGUGGCGUUCACCGGCCUCAAAGGCAAGACUCUAUACCCCGUUAUAAGCUGUGUGUGGGGUCACUGUGAAGUGGGAAUCAAGUACAUCAAUGGCCUUGAACCUGCCCCUCUACCAAUGGCAGAGCUUUGCCGCCGUCGAAUUCGAAUGUCGAUGGGCAAGAAACAUCUGCACGAGGUCGAAAAACUGCCGUUACCCCAUCUGCUGCAAGAAUACGUGCUCUACCGGUGAUCACGAUCAAACUGCAGCGUUUCGCCAAGCGAUGCGUUGGGUUGGUACUACGGUGCUAAGACGCGGUUCCGCCGUUGUGCAAUAUUCUAUGGACAAGUGUCUGUUACUUUUUAUAAAAAACCGUACUUUUAACACAGAAAAUGUUCGCGCCCACGAUUUUAUUAUUUAUUUUGUCGCACGGUUAAACGGUUAUAGGUACGCUAUUACAUAGCAUGCUACUGCGCUGUGUCGUUCCGUAAGGUUCUUUCGAUUUUAAUCUUUCCCGUUGUUUUAAAUGUAUUUUGCCUUCAUUUUAUCACCACAAAAUAAAGUAAUAUGCCACAAA